AUGGAUGCAGAGCAUAUAUCCGCUUGGACAGAUGCACUUCCCGGAAGAUCAGUCAGACAAAACGUAGACAAGAAGUUAAAAAAAUCUAAGCGUCGAUUGAAACAACAAGAAGCUGCAAAGCCAAACGGCAUUUCUUAUUCACUCUUACGAUAUCCACUUAUAUAUAUCAUUGGUUGUAUCAUUGCCAUCGAACUUGUUGCUUAUAUUUCAUUACGUCAAAUUGUUCGAAUUUGGGAAAAUGUAGUUAGUUGGCGAGGUGAAAAAAAAAGAUUGCGUGAUAAGCUUCGUCAGUCAAAGAGUUACAAGGAAUGGUGUGAAGCAGCAGAUAAACUCGAUAGAUAUAUGCAUAAGGAUGAAUGGAAGAAGACUAUUCCUUAUGCUUACUAUGACUAUAGAUUAUUACAGAAAGUAGUCAAGCAUUUGAAAACCUAUAGGGAAGGUGAUACAGUAGAAGAUGCCUUGAAAAUGAUGGAUGUGCUCUAUGUCUGCUUAAAGCAAAAUUUUGCUGGCAUUGAAAAUGAACAGUUGUACAGUAAUACCUAUCUAGGAACAAAGGUUCUUAUUGAAGAAUACGUAGAGGAAGUAACAAGAUGUAUUGAAGCUCUUGCAAGAAACCCACAUGUUCCUUUAGACGAAAAACGAUUAGCUUUUAAACUAUAUGCCAAGAACUACGGUCGAACAGCAUUUUGUUUAUCAGGAGGUGCAGGAUUUGGCUAUUACCAUCUAGGUGUCAUUCGUGCCCUAUUAGAUCGUGGACUACUACCUUCUAUCAUCACUGGAACAUCGGCUGGGUCACUCAUGGGGGCAAUUGUCUGCACUCGAUCCAAUGAAGAACUACAUGAAAUCUUAAAUCCCCAAUUAGCCCAAAGAAUUCGUAUUGUCGGCGAUAAUUGGAAGGCACUGAUCACACGCUACAUAAAGACAGGAGCAUUAUUUGAUCCUGAAAGAUGGUGUCGAGAGGCCAUGUGGUAUUGUAAUGGUUCCUUGACAUUUAAAGAAGCAUUUGAAAAGACAGGACGUAUCUUCAACGUGUCAGUAAUCCCUUAUGAUCCUCACUCACCGCCCAAACUAUUGAAUUACAUAACUGCUCCCGACUGUGUGAUUUGGAGUGCUGUUCUUGCUUCAUGUGCUAUUCCAGGAAUAUUACCAGCUGUUGUACUUAUGCAAAAGAAGCCCAAUUCAGAACACCUGAUUCCUUAUAAUUACGGACAUAAAUUUAAAGAUGGAAGUUUGCGUACAGAUAUACCUACCUUAGCCCUCAAUACUCAGUUCAACGUGAAUUACACUAUUGUCAGUCAGGUGAAUCCACAUGUUCAUCUAUUCUUUUAUGCCAACCAAGGAAGCCCUGGUAGGCCUGUCACUCACCGACAAGGACGUGGCUGGAGAGGUGGAUUCUUGGCAUCAACAAUUGAACAGAUGCUAAAAUUAGACCUAGCCAAAUGGAUGAAAGUGAUACGACACUUGAAAUUGCUUCCCAACAUUCAUGAUCAAGACUGGAGUUCUGUAUUUUUGCAAAAAUUUGAUGGUAAUGUGACGAUAUUGCCCAAGACAGGUCUUAUGGAUUGGCUUUAUACUGUUGCAGACCCUGGAGAACAAAGAUUGAAAAAACUAAUGUAUAUGGGGCAAUUACGCACAUGGCCCAAGGUAUCCAUCAUAUCCAAUCGUCUACGCAUUGAGACAGCAAUUGAACUUGGACGCAAGAUAACAAAAGAACAAGGAAGACAUGAUGCAAGCGAUGUAGAUACUGAAGAUGAAAAUAUAUUCCUUAGUGGUCGUCGUGCUAGUAUGCCAACUACAGACGAAGAACAACAUCGUCGUCGUAAAUUCAUGGCACAAUUCAAUGAUACUAUCGCAUUAAAGAAAGGAGGAGAAGAAGGAGACAGAAUAGGAGAAAAGGAAUUAUUAACUGAUGACCAUGACAGUCAUAGUAGCCAUGGUGACAGUUCUAGUUAA